AUGAAGAAGAUGAUAGCCGAAGCCCUUGAGAGCAAUCGAAGGGAAGUGGUGCAGCAAAUGAAAGUGAUGCAAGAUCAAAUUCAAGAAUUAAUCAUUUCACAGAACAAACGAGUAGAAGAUGAAGUCAAUUCUGGUGGGUCGAGCGGGUCCAAAACCGGGGGCAGCAAGGACCAUUCUGGCUGGCACCCCAAUGACAUUAAGGUUGAUAUACCGGAGUAUGAAGGCAAAUUGGACCCAGAUGAGUUCGUUGAUUGGAUUCAAACUGUCGAAUGGGUGUUCGACUAUAAACAAAUCGAUGAAGACCAAAAGGUAAAAAUCGUCGCCCUUAAACUACGUAAAUACGCCUCUACGUGGUGGUCAAAUGUUUGCUUGAAAAGAGAACGUCGAGGGAUGGAGAAGAUACGAUCAUGGUCGAAGAUGAAGGAAAAAAUGAAACAGAAAUUCCUUCCGUCUCAUUAUAUUCAGACCGGACUCUUGCAGUUACAAUCACUAAAACAGGGAUCCGGUACGGUUGAAGAUUACUCACGAGAAUUCGAGUAUUCGUUGAUGAAAUGUGACAUCCCGAAGGAUGAUCCGCAAACACUGGUGCGUUACCUGGGCGGCCUGGAACCCAGGGUAGCGAAUGUUGUAGAAUUGCAGAGGUAUGAAACCUUGGCUGAGAUGACUGUAUUGGCUCACAAAAUCGACUCUCAACAGAGAGCACAAGGGAAACAAGAUUCUACCCGGCCCACAUUCAAACCCAACCCCAAUUCAAAACCCAACUUCACCCAAAAAAAUCCCGCCUCUUUUAACCCUAAAACAUCUUCAUCUUCAUCCCCAGUUCAAAAUUCCGAAAAUUCCAAAGCACCUCGACGAUGUUUUCGUUGCCAAGGUCUAGGGCAUAUUGCCUCUGAGUGCACCAACAAACGUAUCAUCACCCUUGCCGACUUCGAAUUAGCCAAAGGAUACGAAUUUAGUAGUAAGAAUCCACCUGAAUCGGUUGAAGAAACCGACCCAACAGAUGAGGUAGUGGGCCCCGACGAGGGAAAAUGUCUGGUACUUCGGCGUUACGCCGGCUCGGGAAGAGGUUCUGCAACGAGAAGCGAUAUUUCACACCAGGUGUACCAUCGCUCAACGAGUAUGUACUGUGAUAAUAGAUGGGGGUAG